AUGUUUUGGUUCUUCUUUCUCAUUGUUUUAAUCAAAGCAGAUUCAAUAGAACUUCAAUGUCCUCCUGCAACUGCAUCAAUACAACGUCUUCUUGAUGAAGCAUAUAUUCCAGGUGCUUCAGUUAUUGUUCUCAAUCGAGAUGAAAUUCUCUAUCAAAAAGGAAUUGGUUAUCAUUCUCCUCCAAUACCAGAACAACGUCAACCAAUGAAUGCCGUAUCGUCAAUUUUCGUGUUAGCAUCAAUUUCAAAAACAUUCAUUGCUGUUGCUGCUAUGUAA